UUCCUUUUCUUUUCAUGCGUACGAAAUUUAUAGCUGAAAUAACUCUUCCUCCAGAAUUGUUCCCUUGUAAUUCUCUCGGAUAAUACCGUAAAAAAAAUUCUUUAUCUGCUGAUUUGUGUUUGAAUUUUAUUAAAUUGAGAACCGAUGGCCUCUAGCGGAAACAAGAAUAUCAACUUCAAGCUGGUGCUUCUCGGAGAUUCUGGAGCUGGAAAAUCCAGUCUAGUCCUGCGAUUUGUAAAGGGACAAUUUAUUGAAUUUCAGGAAUCAACUAUUGGCGCUGCCUUUUUCUCACAAACAGUAGCUGUGAAUGACACAACUGUAAAAUUCGAAAUAUGGGACACAGCUGGUCAGGAGAGAUAUCACAGCUUGGCUCCAAUGUACUAUCGGGGAGCUGCUGCGGCCGUGAUUGUCUAUGAUAUAGCAAACCAAGAAUCCUUUGAGCGGGCUAAAAAUUGGGUUCGGGAGCUUAAAGCACAAGGAAACUCAAACACGGUUAUGGCACUUGCUGGGAACAAGGCUGAUUUAAUAGAUGCAAGAAAGGUGCCAGCGGAGGAAGCGCAGACCUAUGCGCAGGAGAAUGGGCUUUUCUUUAUGGAAACCUCUGCAAAAACUGCAACAAAUGUCAAUGAACUAUUUUAUGAAAUAGCAAAGAGACUACCUCGUCUGCAGCCAGCACAAAACCCAUCAGGCAUGUUUCUUGUGGAUAAUCAGAGACCAUCAGAGAAGGCAACCAGUGCUUGUUGCUCUUAAAGUUAAUGUAUAGCCGUAUGGCAGAAGAAUAUAUAUUUUGUAAAGUCGUAACAAAGUUCGGUGCUAUACUUUGGGUGCCAUUUCUUUGGAAAUGUACAGAAAACUUCUCUCGUCCGUUUUCAAAUUUUUAGUUAGUAUUUGGCUUCGGCAUGUCGUGUGCUAUGAAAAUGGUUUAGGGAUUUGCUAUAUUAUGUUUUAGUGCGGUAUGUGAAUUUUCGUUAAUUAUUAAAAAAAUUGUCAUUUACUUGUAAUAUUCUUGAAGUUCAAUGUGGAUUUGUACCUCAGCAUUUUGAAA